UAUGGAGGCAGCUCGGAGAAUCAGAGCUGAGUAGUCUGCAUGUGGAUUUGUACGAAAGAAUUCUAUAGAAUACGAUAUUGAACACGUGCGGAAGCAGGCCGUCGUGCUAAUACAACUUGUUUUUGACUAAUUGGUCAAAGUGUCAAUUGACAGUUGACAUCUUAAUAAACAUGACCGAUUUUGCCAAAGCUCAGCUCCUGAAAUACGGAUGGACUGAAGGUAAAGGAUUGGGAAAAAGCGAGAAUGGUAUAAAAGAGGCAAUUAAACCUGAACUCAAGUUCAAUACACAAGGCUUAGGGCACAAGGAAACUGAAUACGAAUGGUGGGAUUCUGUAUAUGACAAGGCAUUGAAAAAUAUUGUUUUGUGCAAAAAAGAUAAUAACGAUGUAUCUCUAAAAGUAUUAGCCAAAGAUGAGUUUAAAAUUGCAUCCACUGCUGCUGGUAUAAAACCAGAAAAUGAAAAAAAGAACUUGCAUCUUGGUACAUUUACAAAAGCUUCAACAUUGCACAAUGGAAUUGUAGUUCCAGAAAAUCCAAGUGAAUUACCAGAAUUAGAAGAUGAAGAAACUAAAGUUAAUGUAAUUCCUAAGAUGACUGACGAAGAACUUUUUAAAGCUUGCGGAGGUAGAACAGCUCAUAAAGGAGCACGCCAUGGUUUAAAUUUAAAUGGUAAACUUGCUCGGAUAGCCGAACAAGAACAACAAUUACUUGCUGCUCAUUUUUUAAAAUCAAAUGAUGUCAGCUCGAAGUCAACGGAAAUAAAACAGAAAAAAAAGAAAAAGAGGAGGAAAGAGAAAUUAAUGGAAGUUGAAGAUUGUACUACAGCUCUCAAAAAUAUUCACAUGUCUGAUGAUGAUGAUAAUGCAGUAUUGCCACCUCUUGGACCUGCAGAUGAGGAACAUAAAGUAUCCAAAAAAACUAAUAGGAGAAGACAGAGAAAAGUAAAUGAUUUAAGCCACCAACUUACAAAAUCAUGUAUGAUAGAUGAUUCUAUUGAAGCUGAUGAUGAAAAAUCAUCAGAUACCCCAAAGAGCAAAUGUAAACAUAAGAAAAAGAAAGGAAAAAGAAAACGAGAUGAAGACGCUAUAGACAGUGAUACAGGUGAUAUUACAAUGAAUGGAGAAACUGUAACUGAACCACCAGCCAAAAAGAAAUCAAAAAAGAAAUUAAUCAGUUCAGAUGAAGCAAUGACCACUGACAAAAAUAAUGUUUUUGAAGAGGGAAUUGAUGUUAGUUUAGAUGCAACUGAUGCUUCAAGAUUACAUUGUGAUAAAUUGAAUUCCAGAAUUAGACUGAGAAAACAAAAAAAAAUCAAAAGAAAAGAAAAUAAAAAAUUAGAAAGACUUUCAGAUCUUCUUGCCGCUUCUUUGAGUGUAAGUGCAGAAGAAGUUAAAGAGAAAAAAACAAAAACUUUUUUAAAGUCAUGAAAAAGUCAUGGUAAAUUAAUUUCUAAAAUUUCAUCGA